UUAUUGUGUACAUAAAUGUCCCUCAAAUUUUAGGCGAUACUCUGAAGCACCAAGAGGAUACCAUAGUAUCGUAUCACGGUUCGAGUGGGUGCGAAGGAGAUAACCAUUGUGCAUGUAGAAAUAGAUAUAUACUGACUGAGCCAUUCUCAUCUUCAUAUCGUCGAAAUCAGUAGAGCGUUCGUUUGCAUAAAGUACCCUGUUCCGAUUGGGUUAAAUCAUCGUCAAAGAUUCUACUCACCAUAUCUUUAUCGGCUGUUAACACGUGCUUCCAAAAAUUGUCCACAAUGGAAUGAAGCAAAUUUGAUAUACUGACAAGAACGACAUCUUUGCCUUAAUUUUAAAAUGUGUGAUAGAUCGCCCGCUGAAAUUGAUGCUGGUUCAAGUGCUGCUACUCAAAGAGCCUAGGGAAUAAUACCUCUCAUGUCUUACACUAAAUGUUUGUUGUAUUUGCGUCUCACCGACCUACUCUUUCGUUUCACAAUAGUCACAAAUUGAAAGCUAUUUGUUUGAUAUCGGAUCGUCAUGCAUCAAUUUCAGGUCAUUUUAAAGCUGACGCAAAGAGUGUGGAUAUAUCGGCAAGACGAAGCUAUAGCUCGCAUGAAAAGCAAAGAGAAGGGCAAACACAACUAGAAACCGUUUGAAAGUUUGCAGGCUGCAGAUUCUGACAGAUACCUUUGCUAGAUACCUUAAAAAACGGGUAUCAUUACAAAGAACAUGAAUUCGAAAAGGCCAGAAUUAAUGUAUUUGAUCCCAAGUGAUUUUUCAU